AUGUGUUUGAACUCUGCAUCUGGCUGGUUGAGUCGUCUUAGCCCCGGCAUCAAGUCAUCUUGUACAAUUGCGCAUUUUAAAGCUCAGAAAGAGCUAUACGCCACCGCGAUCAGAACUUUUCAUUCUAACAUUGUAAAACGAAACGAGUAUCAACAAGACUCUAGAUCUAGACUAGCCUCGGCAAACAACAAAAAUGAGCCACAGCAGAAUGAUAGGAUACAUAAGCUUAUAGCCAGGUCCCGAACGCUCUCCAAACUAAAUGAGAUUCCAAGAUUUAAGAGGUACUUCGAUCAACUCUCCCAGACAAGCGCUGUAUCCACUAUAACUUCUUUCCUCGUUCUUCAUGAAAUUACUGCGAUUGUGCCAUUGUUCUCUUUGUGGUGGGUGGUCUACCAACUAAAUCUGGGCCAUGAGCUGGCCUUGCCCGUGUAUUUUACGGACUUGUUGAAUCGCUGCGGGGAAGCCAUGGAAAGGCUUGUUGGAGACCACUACACUGGUUUCGAUCGCAGCAGACUGGUUCUCUCUGGAGCCAUAUCCUAUGCAAUUGUGAAAAUGCUUUACCCGGUGCGAGUAUUCCUGAGCUUAUGGGCAGCUCCGUAUUUCACGAAGUGGGCACUUACGCCUUUUAUUAAGGUAAGGAAGGCCAUAAAGGCCAAAAAGACAGCUGGUGAGCAAUCCACAAAACAAUAG